ACACUUGAAGGCAGCGUCAGUGUUGGAGUUUCUGUGGAUUGAGGACGUAGCAGACACAGCUUCAUCUACUUCUGCCUACUGACGCUUGCUCCACAGUAGGGUGUUUACCCGCGGUUGCUUUAUUUGAAUAAAAAAAGAAUAAUGGAAGGAAACGUUUGCAACAUCCAGGUGCUUCUUCGAGCUGCUGAGUUUCUGGAGAGAAGAGAGCGAGACUAUUUUCGAGCACAGCUGCGUUGUUUUAUUUCCUGCACAGAGGCAGAACAUGGAUAUGCUUCACUCCUGCCUCUCAGUCCAGGUCACUCUGAUAAGAGAAGCAAACAGAAGAGUAAGAAGAUUUCUGCUGGUGGCAAUAGGUCAGUUCACAAUGAGCUGGAAAAAAACAGACGAGCUCAGCUGAGGCACUGCCUGGAGCAGCUCAAGAGGCAAGUCCCUCUGUCGUCUGACUCGAUGAGGAACACCACCCUCAACCUGCUGAGACGAGCCCAGCUUCACAUAAAGAAGCUGCAGGAGCAGGAUGAGCGUGCAGAGCAGCUGAAGGGCCGUCUGCGCUGGCAGCAGAGAGAGCUGCGGGUUCGGCUGGAGCAGCUGCAGAGAGGCACGGAGAGGAUGAGGAACGACAGUCAGGGGUCGACCAUGUCCUCCGAGAGGUCAGACUCUGACAGAGAGGAUGUAGAGGUUGAUGUGGAAAGCAUCGUGUUUGACUGUGUGGACUCUGAUGGACUGAGCAUUACGCACGCUGAUGCAGACCACUGUUACUCCAGCAUGGACAAUGCCUGGCUAUGACAGCAGCAAAAAAACCUAUGGUCGCUCAUUUAACGUCACCAGGUGGACAGGAAGAGGAGAAAACAUUCCGAAAACAAGCAAACGGAGGAAGAGGAAGAGGUGGAGAAAGACGUUACUGUACAACUGAACACACUUUUUUUUAAGUAACUUUUGACAUUCUCUUCUCAACAUAAGUCAGACUACAAGCUAAAUGAUAAUGUUAUGAAUGAGCUGUGUCCAUUUGCACUGAAUAGCAGUUAUAAUCACUGUGCUGGGAUGGAUGUAACAUGUAUAUAUUUUAUGGCAUCAACCAUUAAUGGCAUUUCUUUCCAAAGCCAUGAGGUGUCUGUAACUGAUUCAAACAGUUCUAUUCAUUCAUUUUCAAGGGCUUUUAAAAAUCCAAAUAAGGGCUUUUUAUUCAAAACUCUUUAACUUAUUCUUUACUACAGUAUGUCUAUACUGAAUUCUGCCUUAAAUCAGUUUUGGUCUAGUUUUCCAUACAAGGGCUUUUCUUUAGCACUAAGUUCAUAUUUCAGUUAUGUCAUGUGACAUUAAUCUGUGCUUUGUUUUGUAUAAUUGUUCUGUUAUGUAAGUCCAGUCAUGUAUUUUGAUCUUUUUCUUCUGUUGCACAAAAUGUCCACACAUUGCACUUGUUAUGUCUCAAAAAGAUUGUGGGUACAUCAAAAUGAAAACAGUGAACAGAAAUGAACUGGUCAUAUUUGCACAUUUUUAUCUGGCAAUUAAGUAACUAUGCCAAAUAUUCAUUUGGUGUAUUUAUACACAAUUCAGUCUGUAAUUAAGUGUGAGAAUUUUGACACCUGUAUUAAAAACGAAUUGUGAGAGCAUAAGGCGAGAGGUCUAAUGACAGUUACAGUUUUAUUCACUGCUAGUAUUAACUGGUUUCUUAGAAGUGUUCAUUAUCACAACUGUACACUUAAGUGCUUGUGCAUUUGUCGAUAUAAAUGUUAAUUAUGCAUGCAACAAAUUCACCACAGUCGGCAGGUAAUGUCUACUUGUAAUGAUUACACAAUUUAUGCUGUAUUACAAGUAUGUAUCAUAUUCAUUGCUAUAUAUUUAAUAACUGAAGGUGCUUUUGACCCUUUACUUUUGUAUAUGCAAGAUGCCAUAUUACCUUUUAAUAUCAUGUAUGCAUUAAUCUGUCUCUCCGCCCAGUAAUAUUAUGUAGCAUUUUUCUACUGGUGUAAGCUUUUUUUUUUAUUGAAUAAAUAUUUUCUAUAUUUA